AUGGCAAAACAUCACACCAGCCUUCUGAUUGCCAUUCUGCUGUCGGUGUUCUUCUUUGUCAUCGCUGUGGUGUUCAAUGCUCUGGCAGGAACUGGAGUGUAUCCAUUUCUGGAAAGCACUGGAAAUAUUUCAUACGCAUUUUCAACUGAGAUCACGCCAUCAGGAUGGACUUUUUCCAUUUGGCCAGUUAUUUACGUCUGGCUGGUUUUGUUGUUGGUCUUCACCAUCUCUGGCUUCUGUAGGAAAAAUGCCUAUGGCUAUGUUUAUUGUAGCCCCCCUGUUCUAUCACAUGGCUUUUUUGUGACUUGGUGCUUCAAUCUGAGCUGUAAUGUUGGAUGGUUGUUUCUGUGGGAUAGAAGGCUGAUGCCUGCCACACUGGCGUUCCUGCUCCUGAUUGCCUCCACUAACUACAUCAUGAUAUUCUUCUCUUGUCAUGGACUCCACAUAUAUGGUGCCUGGAUCAACAAAUACCAUAAAGUAGACCUGUGGCUCCACCGCGUGCUGGUUCAGAAUGGUGUGGCCAUUUAUGCAACAUGGACAACGAUUGCAUCUCUCCUUAACUUAACCAUUGUACUGACCAACAAUGUAAAAGUGUCCCCAACAAAUGCUGCCACCAUCUCACUGUCCAUUUUAGCCAUAGUUCUGAUUCUGUGGUUUAUCCUGGAGAACUCUAUCCUCGACAAACUUGUGAGGUACAUCCUCAUUAUUUAUCCGGUUGUGAUUUGGGCUCUGUCUGGUGUCCUCACUCAGAACUACGACACUGGAUCACCCGGUCAGAAUGACAUUUUCGUUGCUGGGCUGUUGGCUACAGCUUGUGCCUUGUUUGUCACACGGGUUGUUCUUGUCAUUUUAAAACACCUUAAACACCCUCUCUACGCAGAUGUCAACCCAGAGGUCAUGUCUCCGAUGGAAACAGCUGCAAAUCAGAAAAAUAUAUUUCACUGAGAAUGAAUAUUCUUUAUAUAUUGUAAUUGAAGCCAGAAUGUUUCCAAAUGAAACUAAAGGAUCCAUGAUUUUCAGUUUAGGUUUCUUCAGGAUGUCCCAAUAUGUCACCUA